GAAAUCGGAUCAGUGGCCCCAAAAAUUGAUCAUGCAGCUCAUCCCACAGCAGCUCCUGACCACCCUGGGCCCCCUGUUCCGCAAUUCCCGCAUGGUUCAGUUCCAUUUCACCAACAAGGACCUGGAGUCGCUCAAGGGGCUCUACAGGAUCAUGGGCAACGGCUUCGCAGGCUGCGUGCACUUCCCACACACGGCCCCGUGCGAGGUGCGGGUUUUGAUGCUGCUCUACUCGUCCAAAAAGAAAAUUUUCAUGGGCUUGAUCCCGAACGACCAGAGCGGCUUCGUCAACGGCAUCCGCCAGGUCAUCACCAACCACAAGCAGGUGCAGCAGCACAAGAUGGACCAGCAGCGUGGGCUGGGGGGCUCAGCCCCUGUUCCUGGGGCUCCCCCGUUCCUGCCCAAGCAGCCGGGGACCCUCCCUGUGACCUCGGGGGUGCAGCCACAGGUGAGCCCAGGCUUGGCGCAGGUCGGGAUCAUGGAGGAGCAGCAGCGGCAGCAGAGCCUGUUACAACUCCGAAACCCAAGCCUGGAACCCCAAAACCACCCCGGGAUCCCCCAAAACCCCCCUGAACCCCCCCCAGGGCAGAUGCUGCUGCCCCCCGGCCCGCGGGGUCCCGUCCCCCCGGGGGGGCUCCAGCCCGUGCAGACCCCCAGCGUGAUGGAGGAGGACAUCCUGAUGGACCUCAUCUAGGGGGGACCCCAAAAUUCGGGGUGGGAACCCCAAAAUUUGGGGUGGGAACCCCAAAAAACCCCUCCAAGAUCCCAAAAUAUCCUUAAAAACCGUAAAAAUCCCCCC